CGCGCCAUGUAACGAAACAGACACGGUGCUCGUGUCAGCCCCUAUCGGACACACAACUGGUCUGCUCAUUGGUUUUAUGGCUGUACUCAAUCAAGCUGUGUGGAUCCUCACGCAGCCUCUUCUGGGGCUUCAGGAGACAGCUAGAAUUGUCAAUGAGCACAAGGUUACGUGGGCGUUCGUGAUCUCUUCCCAGCUGCUCCGCAUAUGCGAAGGAAUGAGGCUCAUGGGUGAGCGAAUGGAAUCCAUUCGGUGUAUAGCCGUGGGCGGUGGUCCGCUCACCCACUCCGCUUACAACGCCGCCUUCGAUGCAUUUGGUAACCUCGAGAGUAUCAGCAAUAUCUACGGCAUGACUGAGAGUGGCCGCAUAACGUUCGCACCUGCCAUGCGGUGUGGAACUGACCUAGGCUUUCCCGCUCCGCUUGUGGAAGUGAAGGUCGUGGAUCCAGUGUCUUACAAAAAGCUUGGUCUCAACCAAACUGGCGAGAUCUGGUUCCGCGGACCAACAGUCAUGCGUGGGUACUACAAGCAUUCCGAAGAGACCACGGAGUUUUUCGACAGCGAUGGCUGGGGAAAAACGGGUGACGCAGGUUACUAUGACGAAGAUGGCCGCCUGUUCUUCGUGCAACGGUUGAAGGAGAUGAUAAAGUGCAUGGAGAAUCAAGUUGCUCCAGCCGAGCUCGAGGAGCUCUUGCUUCAAGAACACUCAUUGCAUAUCGCAGAGGUGGCGGUAGUGGGGCUGCCUGACACCCGCUAUGGAGAGGUACCCGCAGCCGCCAUCGUGCCAAGAGACAAGGAUAUAAUUGCUGACCCCUCCAUAUUCACGGAAAGAGUUAAAGUUACCAUAGCAGAGACUAUGGCUGCUCAUAAGCAUCUGUACGGCGGCGUCUUCUUGUACGACUCGUUGCCGAAGAACGAGAUUGGUAAAGUGAACAGAAUUGCUCUCGUCAAAAAGAUGACUGGCAAAACACCAUCGUAGAAUGCAUGCCCUGCUGUGCUGGAGAAAGACCGGGCGGAACUACAAAAACAUGUCGGUUUCGGGAAGCCAAGUUUCACCAGCACCACGCUUGGGCAGUACGCCUAUGUUAUAUGCAAAACAACAACAACGUGUUUCUGACUGUCACUGACCCCUUGGGUGUUAAUUUCCCGUCAUGGGCGUGACGCGGGCAGGCCACGCCCCUUCGAGGGUCAUUGCAUCCUCAGGACUAAAUAAAGUUAUUCAAAGGUA